GCCAUCGUGCCAAGGCCGCUAGGUACCUAGUACUUGUACCUUCGUACACGGUACCACUGUUCCGCUUCCUUAUCUUAUCACCACAUGACUGACUUGUUUCUGAAUUCUGAACCAUCGAACUUCGUUCCGGUUGUCUCGUUUGUUGACAUGGGGACUUACAUAGGUAGGGCAAUCAGUUGCUGAGGGGCCCGCAUUGCUGUAACCAAGAAAGGAGUAUUGAGUUGUCGCUCUAGUUACUGCCUCUCUGCCCUCUGCAUGCUCAUGCGUACCUAUAUUGAAUCGUGGAUAUCUCCCCUGUUGGUGGUUGUGCUCACCAUCUUUGACCUCCAUCUCUCUUGUUAUAUCACCACUAUCUCAGGUGAAGUUAACAACUGGGACGCCUUCUCAACCCGACCACCCCUUGCCCGAUCAUCGCCUACCAACACACCCAUGACAGCUUGCUUCGCUUACGCGGUAGACAAGGGCGUCGUUGCAAAGAGAGGAAGGGACAGCAUCUCAAUACGGAAUACUGACUGAGACUUCUCAACGCUUAUUGUUCUGCCUAUGCGACCAAGCGAGGGACUCCUUUGUGCUGAAUCCAUUCCGAGGCCCCUUGUUGGUCACCCACCGUCAGUUACUGCACAAUUACCCGGGACGCUCCGGCCUUCAGCUUAUGUGACUCAGAAACGGCAAGAGUCGUCCACCGUUUAGGGUUUGGACCGCAAGCAGAUAUCAAGGCCUCUGUGACCGUCCGGCAGUGUGUUGUGAACCGCUAAACGAACUCCAAGGCGAUGAGGUAUGUGAAUAGGGGCAGUUGGCGAGAGCACCUGCUGAAUGAGAAGGUCGACAUACUGUGGGAUUUAUUACCAAUCAGGAUUUACAGCGGCCAUUCACGAACAAACUUGUACUUGUAUGUAUGUACAAUCCAAUACAAUACAAUACAUACCUGGU